AAAAAGGGAGAGUAAGAACACCCAAAACAAAGAUGGGGAUUCAACUUUAUCAAUAUCAACUAUUUCUUUUGGUUCUAGUCUUAGUCAAUUUGUUUACUCAUACUGGAUGCGCCAGAAUGAUGAAUCACCAGUCAUCUCCAAUAUUUAGUCGGAGUAGUUUCCCAUCAGGUUUUAUUUUUGGUGCAACUUCUUCUGCUUAUCAGUAUGAAGGUGCAGCAAAAGAAGGUGGAAGGAGCCCAAGCAUAUGGGAUACUUUCACCCAUGAACAUCCAGAUAAAAUCGCGGACCAUAGUAAUGGAGAUGUAGCCAUUGAUUUUUAUCACCGGUACAAGGAAGAUGUAAGUCUAAUAAAGGAUAUGGGCAUGGAUGCUUACAGACUUUCUAUUUCAUGGCCAAGACUUUUACCUUAUGGAAAUCUAAGUGGAGGAGUUAACAAGGUAGGCAUCCAAUACUACAACAACCUUAUCAACGAGCUUCAAUCCAACGGUAUCCAACCCUUUGUGUCUAUGUUUCAUUUUGAUGUACCCCAAGCCUUGGAAGACAACUAUGGUGGUUUUUUGAACCCACACAUUAUUGAGGAUUUCCAAGACUUUGCGGAGCUUUGUUUCAAAGAAUUCGGUGAUCGGGUGAAGCAUUGGAUCACUUUAAAUGAGCCAGCGGUCUUUAUUUUGGGCUACAGCCAGCCAACCUGUCCACCUGGCCGAUGUUCCAAAUCUGUGGGAGAUUGCUCUGCUGGGAAUUCUGCUACCGAACCUUACUUGGUAGCCCACCAUCUACUUCUUGCUCAUGCAGCCGCAGUCAAAUUGUACAGGGAUAAGUAUCAGACAUCUCAAAAGGGCAAGAUUGGAAUAACAUUAAACUCACACUGGACAGUACCUUUCACGGAUAACAAUUCUGAUGUUGAUGCAGCUCAGAGAUCACUUGAUUUCGUGUAUGGAUGGUUUAUUAGCCCUUUAACUUUCGGUUACUAUCCCAAGAGCAUGAGUACCACACUGAAAAAUCGGUUGCCAAAAUUUUCAAAUAACCAAGUGCAAAUGGUUAAAGGAUCAUACGACUUCCUCGGACUCAAUUACUAUACAGCUUAUUAUGUGACUAAUGAUGACCUUUGCAAAGAUGUUAACUCAACUUAUAAUACAGAUUCUUGCUCUAAGCAGCUGCAGGAGAGAAAUGGGAUCCCCAUUGGUCCAAGUACUGGUUCACCUUGGCUUCGUGUAUAUCCACAAGGAAUAUGUGAGUUGUUGCAAUACACUAAGAGAGAAUAUAACAAUCCAGAGAUUUACAUUACUGAGAAUGGAGUAUCAGAGUUGAAUAACAGUACACUCACAUUGGAAGAAGCUCUAAAGGAUGAAUGGAGAAUCGAUUCCUACAAACAUCAUCUUCAGUUUGUCAACAAAGCCAUCGAUAAUGGUGUAAAUGUGAAAGGAUUCUUUGUAUGGUCAUUGCUUGACAAUUUUGAGUGGAGUUUCGGAUACACAGUUCGGUUCGGAAUUUACUAUGUAGAUUACAAGGAUGGGCUGAAGAGAUACCCAAAGCACUCGGCCACUUGGUUCAAGAAGUUCCUCCAAAAUACUCAAAAGAUAAAGUUUUAAAUGU